GAGCCAGAUAUUUUGCGUCCAGGCGGCGCGUCUCCCGCUGCGUCCAGCAGGCAACAACCAAUGAACGGCCGUGUUUAGUAGCAAGCAGCGUUUGAAGUUUCUUCAGUUUUCACCGCUGUAGGACUAUUGUAGUUUUUGCCACGGCCUUGCGAAAAUGGCACUGAACAACGAACGCCUAAUUAGUGAAGUUGAAAAGCGUCCUGCGCUCUGGCAGCCGGAAUGUAAGGAUUAUAAGGAUACAAAAAAAAAAUCGGCCAUUUGGGGUGAACUCGGCGAUCUCCUUCUGCCGGGAGACAAGGAUCGCGUGGACAAAGUCCAGAAACGUUGGCGAUCACUCCGGGACAAGCUGGUGCGCUUGCUGCGCGACUUGAAGAAAACCAGGACGAGCGGUGCCGGCGCCGACGACGUCGAAGACCCGAUGUCGUGGCCGCACUUCGAGCAGAUGUAUUUCGUGCGAGAUACCCUGCAGCAUCGAAGCACGUCAGGAAACGUGAAGACAUCUGGCACAUCGUGUAAUAACGACUUCAUCCGUCCGGUGAACGAGGGUGCCUAUUUAGACGAAAGUGGAGCAGCGGAUGGGCCGGAGCCGGAGGCUUGCAUUGUCGAAGUGUAUGAAGUGGACGAGGAGCACCAGUCUGGGGGGGUGGGAAGCCCAUUCCCUCCAGCAUUUUCCAGUGGCGCUACGAACGAGCCGCAAAAAAAAAAAAAAAAAGAGCAAUCCUGACCCGCUCUUGACGGAGCUCCAAAAUAUAAGUUCUAGUGUUGCAUGCCAGAAGAAGCCAGAUGCGCAUGAAUACUUUGCCCUAUCGUUGUGCGAUCCAAUGCGAUCUAUUCAUCCAUCUAAGGUGUUAAGAAUGCGUAAAAACAUCCUGCAGGCUAUCGAAGACUGCCAGGACUAGAUAACUUAGGCUUGUUUCAGAUGGGGCAAUUUUUUCUAGUAAUCCCGCCGUUCUUGCUAUACCCGUUUUCACCUCAAGAACCAUAGUAAAAAAAGUUUGGCUCCUUGCGGAGCAUUACUAAUUUCCCUCGUUACGCUGAGAUUUGAGACAUAUGUAGGUGUAUUUUAGAUUAGAUAUGUGUUCUCUUAUCAAGACGUACACGUUUCAAACGCCAAAAGCAUCGCUUCUUCCU